UUACGUCUUCCUCCUCCAGUCCAGCAGAGUUCGCUGUUCGCUGUCGUCGCUUCGCUCUCCUCUGAGCGAACUGUCGUCGACGCGGAACUCGGUGUCUCUGUUUACCUCCCCGCUGCCUCUCUUUGUUCGCUGGAAGCUCAACUUGCGCAGAAAAGGGGUAAAAUGUGCGCUGUGCAGCUGCUGCGGGUGUCGGUCCAUGAGCGGAUCAGCGCUGCCGCUGAAGACUUUCUCCUACAGGUGGAGAAAAGAGAAGAACCGGCUGAAGUCCCGGCGCUGAGAGCGCUGCUCACCGAGCGGCUAACGGCGGCGGCGGAGGAGAUCGUCGGUCUGUUUGAGGAAACCGUGGCGGAGUACGAAGACAGAGUGGAGCGGUCGGAGCGAGAGAUCUGCCGCCAGAGGAGGCUGCUCGAUGCUGUGCUGAAGCCCGAAGUCAAACUGCACAGAGCAGACGACCAGCAGCAGUUGGUGAGGAAGGAGGAGCUUCCUCCUGAGCAGCAGAAGUGGAGUCUGGACCAGGAGGACCAGGAGGACCAGGAGGUCCAGACUCAGCUCCUACACAUUAAAGAGGAACAGGAGGAACUCUGGACCAGUCAGGAGGGAGAGCAGCUUCAAGGACUGGAGGAGGCUGAUAUCACCAAGUUCACAUUCACUCCUGUCCCUGUGAAGUGUGAAGAUGAUGAUGAUGAAGAGAAACCUCAGUCCUCACAGCUUCAUCAGAGUCAGACUGAGGAGAACAGAGAGGCAGAGCCUCCAGCCAGCAGCUCAACUGAACACAUGGAGACAGAAGCUGAUGGAGAGGACUGUGGAGGACCAGGACCAGACAGGAACUCAGAUCCAGACAGACAUUUGGAGCCAAUUAGCGAUGACAACUCUCUAGAUUCAACUGAAGCUGAGACUGAAGUCAGUGACGAUGAUUGGAAGGAGACAAAGAAUCUACCAGGUUUAAAAGGUUUAAAGACUCUCAAGAAUAAUAAAGUUCCUACAAGUGAUAUGAGCUGUAGUACUGGUGAGAAACCAUUUAACUGUUCCCAGUGUGGUAAAACAUUUAGCUACAGUUACCUUCUUAAGAGACACAUGAGAACUCACACAGGAGAGAAACCGUUUAUCUGCUCAGUCUGCGGUAAAAGAUUUUCACAGAAAGGAAAUAUGGUUUAUCACAUGGGCCGCCACACAGGAGAGAAACGAUUCAGCUGCAGUGUUUGUGACAGGAGAUUCACCUGGCUCUCUGGGAAAACUCUGCUGGCACACAUGAGAGCUCACGCAGCAGAGAAACCAUUCAGCUGUUCAGUCUGUGAGAAACGUUUUUCAUGGAGUGACAGUUUACAGAAACACAUGAAAAUCCACAGUGGAGAGAAACCGUUCAGCUGCUCGGUGUGCGGGAAAUCUUUCAUUCAAAAAGGAAAUCUUCAGGUGCACAUGAGAACUCACACAGGAGAGAAACCAUACAGCUGCUCCAUUUGUCUUAAAGGUUUUUCUCAGCGCUCACACUUAAUUGAUCACAUGAGAUGUCAUACAGGAGAGAAACCUUUCAGCUGUUCAGUUUGUGAGAGGCAGUUUAGAUUUAGAGGGGGUGUUGUAAGACACAUGAAAAUCCACAUGGGAGAAACCAGUCAGCUGCAGUGUUUGUCUCAAGAGAUUUACUCAGAGGUCAGGAGUCAAUUACCUUAAACGUGAUGUCGAGAGCAGCAGCAGACAUGAAGGUGCCUGAUCAGCUGUUAGAGAAAAACAGUAAGAUAGAGACAAAUCAUGUUCAUCGGAAGUAACAGAAGUCGGGUCAGCCAAUGAUUCCUCCAAACAGCAGAAAUAUAAAUGUUCUGAUAAAAACAAGAGCACAUUCAGGUUCUGUACACCAGCUGUUUACAGAUAUUUGAAGUUAGCUCUGGUCACUUUACAUUUCAAAGAGCUAAAAAAUUAAAUUGAAAAAAGUCCUAAAAUGACCUGCAGACAAAUGACUGUUUAGUUCACACCAUCAGUACAAACUGUGGAUUCAUGAACCUGAAUGUUGUAAGGUGUUUCAAGGUCACAUGACCCAGCAGGAAACCAAAAACACAAUACAACAGCCAAACUGUUUCCUCAUCUGUUGGUGUCGCAGAAGCCGAAUGAUAAACAUAAAAAAAAAAGUCAAAACUGGUUUAAAUAAAUAAAAACUAAUGAAAUACUUGAUGGACCUGAGGUGGUGUGAAAUACUGUCAGUUUUACCUGUGUAAUGAGCAGAAUGAUGAUUUUACUUUCUAAAAUUUAUCUUGUAUCAAAAAAUGUGACUCAGCUUGACAGGUGUUUAUAUUAGCUGAACUGAGCGUAA